GUGGAUCGGUGCUUCCCUGAACCAAUUUCCCUCUCUUGACCACAUACCCGGGCGUCAGCAUACCCGUAGUAGAUUUGUGGCCAAACCUCGAUUGCUUGUAAGUCGCGCGGCGGAGGCUAGACCCAGCACUAGGCCGAUUGUGCAGGCCCCAGGCCGCUGAGCGGGAGCUACCCGGAGCCGCCGGCAGUGCUGGCCUGCACGGCCGCUUAGGCCCAAAGCAUCGUUCGCCCCCUGACACUAGACGGAGAUCUCCUGCUGCCUAGCAACAGCAGCGGCGGUUGCAACACCCGCGGUAGCAGCAGCAGCAGUAGCAGCAGCGGCGGCAACGGCGGCCAGUCGUGAUGGCGGGCGCUAAACGGGACGCCAAAUGGCUCAAGGACCAGCUGUCGCGGGUGCUGGGCUGGGAUGACCUGAUCCUGGAGGGGCUGGUGGACACGGUGGCGGCGGCGGCGGGGCCGGGCGGCGACCGCGCGGAGGUGGACUCAGUGGUGGAGAACUUCAUGGCGGACAGUCCAGCCGGCAUCGCCAUCAUCAACGAAUUCCUCAACGGCACCUCGGCGGGGGCUGCGGCCGGGGCCGGAGCAAAGGCCAAGCCGGCGGCGCCAGCAGCACCAGCAGCAGCAGCACUGGCGUCCAGGGCGGCAGGGGGAGCCGCGGGGUCAGGGGCAGGACGUGGCGGCGCGGCGGCGGCGGCGGCGGCACCUGCGCCGGCGGCCGCCCCCAGGGCCUCCUACGCGUCCUCCACAGCGGCGGCGGCGCCGGCAGCAGCGGCAGUAGCAGCAGCAGGCGGUGGGGGUGGUGGCGCCAACGGCCGCGCUGCCCCCGCACCGUACAAUCCUCUGGGCCACCACCAGCAGCAGCAGCAGCAGGCUGGCAGUAGCAGUAGCAGUAGCGGCAGGGGCGGCGGCAGUAGCACCGGUGCUGCCAAGGGCGGGGCGGUGCCGGGGGCCGCGCCGCCUGGGUGGCAAGCGCUCACGGCGGGAGGCGGCGGCGGCGGCGGUGGCGGCAGUAGCAAGCACGCUGCGGCCGAGGAGGAUGACUUCGGGCGAUUCGUGACGGAUGGCAGGGCGGGCGGCCGGGUUGCAGGUGGCGGCGGCGGCGGCGGCAGCAGGGGCGGCAGCAGCAGGGACCUUCAGGCCCUGGAGGCUAGCGCGGCAGGGGCUGAGAAGCCCGGCGGCGGCUUGGGACCGGCUGCUGCUGCUGGCGGCGGCGGCGGCGGCGGUGAUGGCAAGGUGUUGGGCAUGUUCAAGGCGGGUGGCCGCAUCAAGGCGCCGGCGGCCAAGCCCGGUGCUGCCGGGCGGGUGGGCGAGGGCGGCGCACUGGCGGCUGCGGCCGCACUGGAGCGCAAGGUGGUCAACUGCCUGGGGUGCGGCAAGAUCUACGACUGCCGCAAUGUCACCAACGACAUCAUUCGAUUCCUGGACCGCGGCGGCACCUGCACCUUCUGUGGCGAUGCCGUGCCGCUAACCUACAAGGACCGGCAGCAGGCGGCGGAGGCGGCGGCGGCAAAGGCGGAAGCGGCGGAGGCAGCGGAGGCAGGGGGCGCGGACGCGGAUGCAGCCACCAUUGCAGCUCGUGCGUUCAAGGACCGGCUUGUGGAGUACGACCGCAACGCCGCCAAGCGCACCACCGUCAUCGACGACCAGUCAGACUUCUUUGAGAUCGACACCAAUGCCUGGCUCAGCGACCAGGAGCGUGAGGAGCUGCGGCGGCGGCGGCAACUGGAGGAGGAGGCGGAGGCAGCCCGGCGCAAGCGGCUGACCUACACCAUCGACCUCAUCGGGCGCAAGGUGGUGUUGGAUGAGGACGUGCGCCGGGCGGAGGAGGAGGCGGCGCGGCAGGCGGCGGAGCGGGCCGCCGCCGCCGCGCGCGCCGCCGCCGCCGCCGACGCGCUGCGCUACACGGACGGCCCGGGCGGCAGCAGUGGCUACGGCGAUGGGGUGGCGUUCAGGGGCAAUGCCAUGAACGGCCAGGCGGGCGGCCCCACCCGGGAGCAGGUGGAGGAGGCGCUGGCGGCGCUGCGCCGCAUGAAGGCCUGCCUCAACCCCGCAGCCCUCACAGCGCUGGGCGGAGCCGCAGGCGGCGGCGGUGCCGACGGCGGGCCGGCCGCCGCCCCGCUGUUCCUACCCGUGCCCACACCCGGCGGCGGCGGAGGAGGAGGAGGAGGAAAAGGCGGGGACAAGAAGGUGGCUGCGGCGGCGGGCGCAUCGGGGAAAGGCGGCUCUAGCGGGCGGAGUGGGCCGGCGGGCGCGGAUGGCGGCAAGUCGCGGUAUGCAGGCCGCGCUGUGGGCGGCGGCGGUGGCGGCGGCGGGCGAGUGCAGCACGAGCUGGGCUCCGAGUUUGACGCGUUCGGGGCGGAGCUGGUGCUUGACGAGCUGAUGGGGGGAGCGCUGCUGGACAACCAGGAGCAGCUGAUGCAGCAAGGAGGCUCGUGCGCCAGCGCGGUCGCCGUGUCGCCCGCCGAAAUGGCGCCGAGCGCACCCGCCCAGACUCGCGCAGCCGCGUUACCGCACCCCCACACGACAAACAUUUCACUGGGGUGCACUGGGCAUUGCAGCAGCGACAGCGGCAACAGCAGCGGCGCACAGGACGGUACCAGCACCGGUGCCCCCAGUACCCCCGCACCCGCACCCGCCACCACCACCACCACCACAACCACCACCACAACCACCGUCGCACCCGCACCGCUGAGCACCCGAGACCUGCUCAGAUACGCGCGGGGUCUGGGCGCCUGGCUGCCCUCCCAGUCUCAGCUGCCGGCGCCAGCAUCGCCUGGCCCCCCUCCCGCAGCUGCAGCAUUAGCAGGAGCAGCACCGGCAGUAGCAGCGGCAGGACCGGCAGCAGCACCGGCAGUAGCAUCAGCGGCGGCCCCGGCCCCGCUCCCGGCCUGGGGCCGGCAUGCCGGCGCACCGCCGCCGCCGUCAACGCCACAGCAAGCAGCAGCGGCAAUAGCAGGCCGGGGGGCGAUGUGGACACCUCCUGCGCCUCCAGGCCCGGUCCCUGGGCUUGGGCCGGGAUCGUUGCCGGGGUGGAGGCCAGUUGCGGGGCCUGGGGCGAGCCGCAGCGACAGCAGCGAUGACUUUCCGGCUCUGGGCUCUGCGCCAGCUCGAAGCCGAGCGCAGGAGCGGGCGGCGGCAGCUGCAGCUGCAGCAGCAGCGGCGGCAGAGGCGGCAGCGGCAGCGGCGGCAGCUGCUGCAAGGGAAGGGCUGGGGCAGCAGCCAUGUGGGAGCGUAGGGGAGCUGCCGCAAGGACAGCAGCAGCAACAGCAAUUGCAACUGCAACGGUCGUGGCAGAACCAGCCGCAGCCGGGGGAGCGGCGGCAGCAGAACAAACGCACGCGGCCGCUGAUUGAAGGGCCGUACGACAUCUGUCCGCCCGACAUGGCGCCCUCCACCUCCGGAUCCGGAUCCUACGCCGCCGCCAGCAAGAGCUCGGGUGGUCCGGCGCCGCCGCCGGGCGGGCGGGCCGUGCCUGGUCUGCCGCCUGGUCUGGUCCUGAUCAAGGGCUUCUUGUCCAUGUCGGAGCAGAUCAAAAUCGUGCAGGCUGUGCGGGAGCUGGGCCUGGGCCCGGGCGGCUUCUACCCGCCCUCCUACUCGGGCGGCGGCCGGCUGCAGCUGCGCAUGAUGUGCCUGGGUCUGCACUGGGAGCCGCGCACCAGCAAGUACGAGGCCACUCGCUCCUCCUACGACGGAGCCAGGCCGCCGCCCAUACCCCCCCUGCUGGCCCAGCUGUGCGCCAAGGGGCUGGCGGCAGCCAACGCCGCCGCCGCCGCCGCGGGCGGGUCGGCCGCCGCCGCGCUGCCGCCGCUGCAGCCCGACAUCUGCCUCGCCAACUUCUACGAGCGCUCGGGGCGGCUGGGUAUGCACCAGGACAAGGACGAGCAGCCCGACUCGCUGCGCGCGGGGCUGCCGGUGGUCUCGCUGUCGCUGGGGGACGCCGCGGACUUCCUGUACGGCAGGAGCCGGGAGCCGGAGGAGGCGGCCAGCGUGCGGCUGGAGUCGGGCGACCUGCUGGUGUUUGGUGGCCCCAGCCGAAUGAUCUUCCACUCUGUGGCCAAGAUCCACCCCAACACCGCCCCCUCGGAGCUGGUGCGCGCCACGGGGCUGCGGCCCGGCCGACUCAACCUCACCUUCCGCCAGCACAAGCGGUAGACGACGUAGACGGCGAGGCACGACUGUGUGUGGAGGCACGAGUGCUCACUUCAGUCAACCGGGGUGUGUGUAUGUGUGUGUGUGUCUGUGUGUGUCUGUGUGUGUGUGUGUGUGUGUGUCUGUGUCUGUGUCUGUGUGUGUGUGUGUCUGUGUGUGUGUCUGUGUGCGUGUGUGUGUGUCUGUGUCUGUCUGUGUGUGUGUCUGUGUGUGUGUCUGUGUGUGUGUGUGUGUGUGUGUGUGUGUGUGUGUGUGUGUCUGUGUCUGUGUCUGUCUGUGUGUGUGUCUGUGUCUGUGUGUGUGUGUGUGUGUGUGUGUGUGUGUGUGUGUGUGUGUGUGUGUGUGUGUGUGUGUGUGUGUGUGUGCGCGGUGCCCUCGCUCGCGUGUCACGGAGCCCACUAAGCCACCUGUUGCUGUGGGAAGUCAGCGCGCGAGGUACCGGCGUGGGGAAUGUCUGCGGGCCGGCAGCAGGCGUGAUGAGCUGGAUAGGUGCGUGGAUUGGUGUGGCGACUGGGCGAUGAUUGGCUUGCUGCGGUCAGUGCGUGUGCCUAUGUGUCCGGUGCGUAAGGCUGAAGAGUGUCAGGCAAGAAACGUACGGGAGUUCAGUGUUAUUGUAUGUACGGUACGUUAGAUCGACGGGGUACGUUUGGGGUUGGAUGGAAUGGCGCACGCCGGUUGUGGUACGUUGCUUGUGGUGUUAUGAUAUGGCUGGCUGGCACGUGGCUGGCUGGCACUCACGUGCCAGUCGAUGUGUAGUGCGGGUGGUGAGCGGGCGGCAGGAUGUCGUUUAUUCGUUGUGUGCAGGUAUUGGUCCAGUUGGUGUUGGGGGGCGUGUUGCCCAUCCAGGGCAGUAAGAGGCCUGGCAUCAUGGCAUGUCGGAGCGGGCCAGCAUGCAUGCAGGGGGGGGGGAGUGGCCGAGGCCUGAAUGGGGCCUGAACCGCCACCCAUUACGGUGUUAUUCCGUAGCGGUCCCCCAAUUCCCCAGAGACAAAUGCCCUGCCACUGAAGUAGAUAGAACUCCUUUUCGCAGCGCGCGGUGCUUGGAUAAUCUAGACUCUAGAGAGUCUAGGCGGGCACUCAGCCUGCACGACUGCACGGCAGAGCUACACGCGGCCUCAACCCGGGUGAUA